CAAUAUUUCGUCUGAAAAUUAUGUCUGCAAAAUGAAGGGCAGAUGAACAAACGGUUUUUGUAAAGAAAUCUAAAUGGAAUUUGAACAGCUGUCAUAUGUGUAUGUACAUGACAUUGUAAAAGGGCAACCGACAUUCUUGAAUUGAACUAAAGGGGCAAUUGAAACGCGACAGUGUUCUAUCAUACAGUAGGCCUAUUACAAAGUCACAGACAAGCAGGGUCGGUCGUUUUUUUUCUGGCUUCAACUCACUCGUAAGAGGCGUCAGUUGGCCGACUAAAAAUCUCAAUAACAAUGUCGAGAAUAUCAACGUAAGAUUUCUCCGGCAUUCGAGUUUGCCAAAUCUCUCGCUCAUGUAUAAAGCAAUGGAUUUAUCCCCAGGACUGGGCUUCAUACCACUAGUCUGGGCGAUAGUGACAAUAAUUGGAGUGUUGUUUUGCUAUUUUUACUCGGUCAUAGUCGGUGAUGUAUACCCUCUAGUACCAUCCAUCAGCAACACUGGCACAAAAAGACCCGAAGGUGAUAUAUUUGCAGAAACUAUGAACGUAUCGUCUUUCGUUUGUCUCGUUAUCAUGUACAUACGGUAUUAUCAAGUCAGGUACAGGGUGCGUUCAUCUUACGAGAACGCUGAGCGAGUCAACUUGGUCUCCCUUAUUGUUGGAGUGGCGACCGUAUUUGGGAUCACCUUGGUUGCAAACUUUCCUUCAUCCGAGGUAUAGUUAGUAUAUAAUCUUACAUUAAAUGCGAUGUCAGAAACUUUGAGGCCCAGUGCAUAUUGCAGUAAAAAUUGCAAGUGUAUACUGACAGGCCUUAUAACACUUGAUCUCUAUACGUUUGAAAGAUGCCAUUUUAAGACCUGCCCAAGGUCUUAAAAUGGCAUCUUUCAAACGUAUAGAUCAAGUGUUAUAAGGCCUGUUUACACUUGCAAUUUUUACUGCGAUUUUCUUCUUCUAAUGCAUGUGAACGAGCAGAUGAAAACGAAUGUUCUGAAUACAUGUACCUUCGUCUCAACAUUCAUAACUCAUCCACUCGUUCAUAUCCAGCAGAAGAAAAUCGCACCUAAAAUCGCAGCAAAAAUUGAAUCGCAAGUCUGAACGGGCCUUUGGUCUCUCAACUGUUUCUGGCAGUACUCAGUAGGCAGUAUUUUACAAUAAGUUGUUUGUGCUUUUUGCAUGCUAAAAACGCGGUUGCUAUAACCAAUUUUUAUUAAACUUUUUUGCGCCUUCAUCGAACGCCUGAUAAAGUCGACUUGUAUUAUAUACUGCAUGUUAAACAAUCUCCGCCUUCAAUAUUUUAAUUGCAACAUUUUUCUAGAAAAGUACUAAAUUGUAAAACAUGUGCGAGUAAACACUACUUGCUACCUUCAAUUAAUUUGACAUUCCCUUCACUAAAAAUAAGGUGUAAUAAUGUAUAUGAACACAUGCAGUUCCCAUAUACCCUUCGCCAUUAUCUUGUUGCGCAUCUCAUCUAAUUGAUCAUGUGAACUUUGUCUAUAAAGCUGAAACAUUUCGUGUACGUACAAUGCCGCUGAUAGAAUGGAAUGAUAUUGUGUUUUCAAAUAAAUACAGCUGCGGUUAGGUAAUCGUGGUCAACGUGGUUGCCGAUAGAAAUAAUUAAUCCUUAAAAGUAUGUGUGAAAGUUAAUUGGGAUUUUAAUGAGAAAAGGAUUUUUAAAGGGAUUGUUCAUGCCAGAAACUUGCCUGCGGGUUAGGGUAAAACGCGGAUGCAGACGGACAAAUGAGAGGGUAAAAUGCGGACGGACGGAUGAGGGACGUUAGGGUUGGUGUUAUAACCAGACACUCUACUACUGGCUUUACACACUCGCUUGCUGCAACUACUAUAACUCAGCUGCUCGCGGUUAUAAACGGAAAAUGCAACAAAUUGCAGUCCAAUCUCAACUGGGUCACAAUUAGUGCACGGUAUAGAGAUCGAUACAACCAACUGAAUCGCGCUGCAGAACCGAACGAUGUCAUAUUCGCAGAUCCAACAAUGGGAAUAGACUGGUUUCACGACCGAGCAUAAUUUUGAUCUGCUGAGAAAGAAGGAAAGAAGAGCUUGAGUGACUUACGACCGUAUUCAGUCCAAAUUUGAGGUCUAAACUUCAAAGGAAACCGUUCAAUUAAUGAGUUCCCCCCAAUCCCAACUGAUCUUGAUAAUAACUUUAUCAAGUAUAUACUUGGUCAAAUUCGAUGAAACGAUAAUAUAACUAGUUUUUAUUUUAUGCUAUUCUUCACGUUUGUGAAAAAUAUAGGUAAUUCGAUAUCAUCUCAUGAUUACCAUUUUCGCCAAAUAAACCAAUAGUAAAUAUUAUUAAAUAUAGUUGGGCCAAAAAGCUUUUGGUUAGUGGGACGAAAAUACAAUAUGGACUAAAUUUUGGCAUAUAUUUCUCAAUCUCAACAAAAACAUAGAACCAUGCGGGUUGUAUAUGAUACUCCCAUUAGAUUUGUGCAGCAGACAUGCACGAGUGAGUUUUUCAAAGACGUUCAAAAUUUGACCACUAUAGUGACACACAAGACUGCCAAUCAACUGUAAUUAUUCAGCUGAGCAUCUCUCUAAUUAUAUAUUCAAUUGGAUUUUUCAGGAGACCACGACUUCUACCGUUCACGAUAUUGGUGCUGUUUUGACGUUCAUUGCAGCAUUGUGUUACUGUGCAACACAGACUUUCACAACCUGGAAACUUUAUUGUUUUAAUAUCGACGAUCGUUUAUCGUGGAUAUACAGACUGACCAUUACAUGUAUUAUGAUGACAGCUGGAUCAUUGUUCUUACUGUUCUCCUUGUUUGCUUAUGAAGAAUUCGAGGAUAGUCAUCCAACUCACACUAUCUUACAGUGGGACCAGAAAGAUGGUGGUUAUAAUUUACAUGUGUUUAGUAACGUCUCUGAAUGGAUUGGUGUUACUUGCUUUCUACUGUUCCUCGUCAGUUAUUUCAACGAAUUCCAGGAAAUAAACAUUGUGACUAACUGUAUUCCGAAAAGUUCUAAUUGCAUCGAAUCAGUGGAGUUAGAAAAACUGCAGGAAAGUUCGUAACUGCUUUAAUGUCCCUGGUGAAUACAGUGUUUAAAAAGGAAUUUUGAUGCUCAUAUAGUUACUGCAUGUAUUACAGUAACUACUGUAGUUUAAAGGGAUACUGCGAAAAUGGCUAGCUUAUCUCAAUAUCUCAUUUAACAGAACUUUGUUUCAUAAAUUAAUUGCAGUGUGAUUAAAAACAAACAUUGUGACAAUUACUCUAAAUUCAUUUAAAAAAUUUUAAGAAUUAAGCAACAUACGAGAAAACAUGUUUUCAUGCACAAAUCAUUUUAAAUUUGAAACAAGGUUACGUAAAUUUACCUUGACGCCUUUAAAAUCUUCCCUAAUGCUAUUGCCUAAACGCAUUGAGAAAUAUGACUCUCUAUACAGUCAUUUGUUGUGACCUUUUCGAGAUAAAGUAGAUUUUCCCAAUUCAUAGUACUCUCUUCACGAAAAUCUGUGCUGUAAAAAUAUAAUUUUGAACCGGCAGAGAAUUAAGAAUUGUAAGAGAUUGUUAUGAAACCUGUGGAUCUGGAAGCAACUAAAGAUGCUUUCUGUUGAAAUUUAUUAUGUUCACUGCAAAUAAAUGUGGUUUUGCACUUGAUAUUCAGUGUGUUAAACUUGAUUCUAUAACUGCAUGCAUGUAAUUACUUAAACGAGAU